UGCAGGAGACACCCUUAUGCCUCAAAACUGGACACAAUCUCCCCUACGCCAUGUCAGAAUCUAACAAAACCAACUUCAGCAACCCCUCCACCUUCAUCCUACUUGGCAUUCCUGGCCUAGAGGCAGCCCAUAUCUGGAUCUCCAUUCCCUUCUGUGCUAUGUACGCCAUAGCUGUGUUGGGGAACUUCACCAUCCUGUUCAUCGUGAAGAGGGAGCCGAGCCUCCAUGUGCCCAUGUUCUAUUUCCUCUGCAUGCUGGCUGUCAUCGACUUGGUCAUGUCCGCAUUCACUCUACCAAGAAUGCUGAGCAUCUUCUGGUUCAAUUCCAGGGAGAUCAGUUUCAGUGCCUGCCUCACCCAGAUGUACUUCGUUCAGUGCUUCUCAGGGAUGGGGUCUGGAAUCCUCGUGGCCAUGGCUUUUGAUCGCUAUGUGGCCAUCUGCCAUCCUCUGAGACAUUCCACGACCCUGACAAACUCUGUUGUGGCCAAGAUAGGCCUGGCCGUGGUGCUGCGCAGUGGCAUACUCGCAUUGCCCUAUCCCUUCCUGGCGAGGCAGUUGCCAUAUUGCAGAACCAAUGUCAUCCCACACUUUUAUUGUCAGCAUAUAGCAGUGGUGAAACUGGCCUGCGCUGACAUCCGCAUCAGUAGUUACUAUGGCCUGUUUGAUCUUCUCUUUGUGAUCGGAAUGGAUGGAUGUUUUAUCGCCUUGUCCUAUAUUCAGAUCCUCCAGGCCAUCUUCCGCUUCCCCACAAAGGAUGCCUGGCUCAAAAUUUUUGGGACCUGCAUCUCUCAUCUUUGUGCCAUCUCAGCUUUGUACAUCACAAAUGUAUUCUCCUCCCUCAUGUUCCGAUAUGGCCACAAUAUACCACUGCAUUUCCUCGUUCUCAUUAGUGGUGUGUACCACAUUGUGCCUCCUGUGCUACACCCCAUCAUUUACGGUCUGAGGACCGAACAGAUCUGGGGCAGGCUGCUCCAGCUCUUCACUCAUAAAGAGACCUAA